AUGUCUACUCAAGCCUCUAAGAAACCAGCCUCCAAGGCUCCAGCUGAAAAGAAGCCAGCCGCCAAGAAGACCUCUUCUGGUGUUGAAGGUAAGAAGAGAACCAAGGCUAGAAAGGAAACUUACUCCUCUUACAUUUACAAGGUUCUAAAACAAACUCACCCAGACACCGGUAUUUCUCAAAAGUCCAUGUCUAUUCUAAACUCUUUCGUUAACGAUAUCUUUGAAAGAAUUGCUACUGAAGCUUCCAAGCUAGCUGCUUACAACAAGAAGUCUACUAUCUCUGCUAGAGAAAUUCAAACCGCUGUUAGAUUGAUUCUACCAGGUGAAUUGGCUAAGCACGCUGUCUCUGAAGGUACUAGAGCCGUCACCAAGUACUCUUCCUCUACUCAAGCUUAG